AGUCAAAAGACUUGUGUAUGGCCUUCAAUCAAGUCGCGGGUUGAAUACACGCGAAUUGGAAUAGGGCGAGGUCCGGACGUGCCAUUGCCCUGGAGGCGUUGAGCGUGCUGCUGCACGUUAACCAUGCUCGCCUGAGACGGAAUGGCACAUACCUCCAUCGAUACCGGCGAGGACGUGGAUCCGUACGAACGGGACCUUGCAAACUCGCCAUCGGUUCUCGCUGGCGAGGUGCAAAAGAGCCUCAAGCGAGUAGUGCAAGAGACUGCGUGGACCAUCAAGCGACGGCAGCAAGCGAAUGCCAUUGGAUUUGAUAUCGUGAAGGAGCCUGGUGAGCUGCACAAGGUACAGCAAGCUUGCUUGCAGUAUGUCCAAUCGGUCGGAGCGCUGCGAACAUGGCUGAUGCACGCUCAAGCCGCGCUGCUCGAUGAGCUCCAGACCGCGACAGAGCGAGAAGCCAGAGACACACGCAAAGCUCAAGAGAAGGCAGCUGAAGAAGCAGCUAAAACGUCCAAGGCUCAGGCGAAGGACGAAGCAUCCAUCGACGAGACUAGCGCACAGUCAGCGGUCCCUAAGAGCACUGGAAAACAGCCAGAAGGAAUUUCGACCUCCGGAAAGGGCGACACAGGCAUGAUCGGUCUGACCAUGGAAUGUAGCCCUGAGGCUUCAGCAAUCGCCGCCAUGACUUCAUCGGCCGAUACGGCUACUCUGACGAGCGAUGCUCGAGCGAAUCAGGAGCCAGUGGCCUUGGAUGCGCCUGCUGCUACAGCGGUAAUAGCGUCCAACCUGCCUACUUCGACCCCAUCUGUAGAUGCGACCGCGAUUAUCCAGCAGAUCAUCAACAACAUGCCCUCCUCGACCGAUGCCACCAGCGCGCCGUCCUCGAACCUACCUGACCUCACAGCUUUUGGUUUUGGCGACUUUGGCCUCGGAUCCUCCUCCAGCUUUGAUCCUGGUGCUCUUGAUAUGCAGAACUUCAAUUUUGACGGCAUGGACUUUGGCAGCAGCGUCGACGAUGGUUCGGGCGGUGUCAAUGGGCGCCCAGGCAGUCUGGGCGAUUUGAGCUCACUGGACUUUUCGAAUCUUGGUGGUCCGCCGAGCGCAACGGCGGCAGAGUUCGAUUUGACGUCUAUGAUUCAGUCAUUCGAUCAGGCAACAAGCAGAAACCAGUAAUGAUAAGCCUUCUGCGACGGUUCGACGUGUACGUGCUCUACACAGCAGGUUGUCUGCGUGUACAUGAAUGAUAUUCUACACCAUCAAAU